AAAAUAUUGGCUAACAGCAGACAUGGAGGAGUUGAGCGCGGUAGGGGAACAGGUUUUUGACGCCGAAUGCAUCCUAAACAAACGUCUGAGAAAGGGAAAGUUGGAGUAUCUUGUGAAGUGGCGAGGAUGGUCUUCCAAGCACAACAGCUGGGAGCCCCAGGAGAACAUCCUUGACCCAAGGCUAUUGGCAGCUUUCCAUAAAAGGGAACAGGAAAAGGAAAUUUUGUUCCGAAAAAGGGGGAAGAGGCCACGAGGGAGACCACGGAAGAUUAAAGAAGCUGUUCCUGCAGCGACGAAAUCAAGCAGCUCAUCCUCGUCCUCGUCUUCAUCAUCAUCUAGCUCCUCGUCGUCCUCAUCCUCCUCUUCCUCCUCGUCUUCUGAGGAAGAUGAGGAUGAGGAAGGGGGUGAUGGGCGCAAGGUGAAGCCGGGGCCUCGCCCGCGGGAGCUCCACCCGGUCCCGCAGAAGAAGGCCCAGAUCGUGGUGGCCAAGCAGGAGCCGGUGAGGAAGAAGAGAGGGAGGAAGGCUCUCCCACCGGAGCUGAAGGCACUCAGACAGGCCAAGGGGCCUCGAAAACUGCUCAAGACGACCCCCAAGGAGCCCCUCACUCCAGAGCCGAAGGCCGGAGUGAAGAAGCCCCUUCAGCCUGCUAGCUUCACCUACACUGGGCUGGGCCGUGGCUCCAGCCGAGAUUCCCUGGGCACCCAGAGCAGAGGGUCCUUCUCAGUUGGGGGUGCCAUUAGGGGCUCUCUGAACGUGAUGGCGUCUGGCCGCUCGUCCCUUCCGGCACCUGCCUCCCUUGGCAGGCCCACCCAGGGCAGGGCUGCAGCCGACUUCAAACUAUCCGUCUCCGACGUGGGUGGGGCCACAGGGCUGGACCUGAAGGUUUCCACCACUAAGUCCCCGGGUGUGGCAGCACUCAACCUGCACCAUUCCAAAGUGGCCACCAGCAAUGGUGGGCAGGGGGCACCCCAGGCGGUGGUGGGAGCGGCAAACGGCCAGAGGAGGCAGGAGGCUCAGGCACUGCAGCGGGCAGCCAGUGGUAAGACCACAGUGCUAUCCCCGUUGAAAGGCUCUUCCAACCAGGCCCUCAGUCUGCAGGCCCUCAACCUGCAGAGCGUCAACAAGCCGGUGCCCGGCAACAGUCCCCCAGGCAAUGGCUCCACCCUGGGGUCUGGCCUCAGGAGUGCCACUGCUCUUGGUCGGAAGGGGGCAGGGGUCAACCUCCGGCAGGCACAGAACCCAGUGAAACCAGCUGCCCCUGGCGUUCAGCAGCCCAGGAAGAGCCAGGCAGGCGGGGAGCAGGGAUCCGAGGAAGGCGGGGACUUGAGUGUGGCCGGGGAGAAGCACAGCAAGGGGGUGGCUGGAGGGAGAGUGGAGAAAGGGGCAGCACAGAACAACGGCACCUCUCUUAAGGAUGGGGCUGCCAAAGCGGGGCGGGAGAGGUUGCCCUCCAAAGAUGGGGGCAAGCAGGGGAUGAGCGCUGGCGAGGAGGGAACCAGCUCAGACUCGGAGCAAGACUCACCCCUCCCAGGGAACGGCCCAGACGCCGACAACCCAGCUCCCAACAGCCAGGACUGGAAACCCCCCCGCAGCCUGAUCGAGCACGUGUUCGUCACGGACGUGACCGCCAACCUGGUCACUGUGACCGUGAAGGAGUCACCGACCAGCGUGGGUUUUUUCAACGUGCGACAUUCCUGAGGACAGCCAGGCGCUGUGUCGACCGAGGAACCCUGAAGGAUGUAGAUAAGCUAGCACACAGUGCAGAGGCUUUCCAGUGGUGCUAACGUCUUUGAUCCUUAUCAGAGUAUUACUCUCAAAUCUGUGGACUCUGUCUUUCAUCUCAGAACAAGGCAUCCUUUUUUGUACUGCCAGAACAAAAGAUGAUGUGAAUUUUACUCUUGCCUUUCAGUGGUUUUUAAAGCUAUCUGCACAUGGGCCGACUUCAUGUGGGCUGGGAGCAGGUUUAGCAUACUCCCAGAAUUCUUGCAGAUGCAGUGUAGGGGAAACAUAUGCAAAUUAGGGAAUCUGGUAUUCAUCCAGUAUUCAAAUUAGAGGGUGGAUUCUAAAACUUUAAGGGCAGAUAUUGCCAAUCUAAUGCUGUAGAUUUCAGAUGACCUCAUUCUCAAAUAGCACAGCUACAGAGCUCUGUGGAGUUUGUGUCUAUGGAGCAGUUCAUUGUAGGAUAUGAUAUAUGAUAUGAGAGAAUCUGAAAUUUGCAAUACCCCAAAGAAUGUGCUUGGACAUUCACUGUA